AGGGGGGGAGGGAGGUAGGGAGAGAGAGAGAGAGGGAGGUUGAGUUGUCAGUGUGACAGAUUUACACACGGACUCUUUGGUACAAUCUCCGGCCGCUUUGCCGUCAGCUCGUACCGCGUGCUAAAAGAAACGUCGGGCGGGUUAACACAUAGAAGCCCGCAGGUCACCGCGCGGAGCCCCGCACUCUCCCGCACUUGGAACGGGAGGGAGCGGAUCGGACGACAGGCGCCGCCUCCUCGGCGAUCAACCGUAGAGUGGACACUGGGCAAAGCUCUCUGAGUGUUUGCCGUCAACAGGGGAACUUGCCUUCAGACCCCUGAAGUUACCUUUCGAGGACCCACAGCUGGUCUGGGAUAGACCGAACCGGCAUCACAAACCUCACCCAACUUCAACCUACUCAGAAAGAGAUGGACACCUGACCGGCCAGCAGGCGACAGAACGCAGCUCCUCCCUCCCCUCCCCGCCCGCUAGCAGCCAUGGCGGGGCUCAAGCGUCAUCAUGACGGGAAGAUUGCUGGGCUGUAUGACCUGGACAAGACUCUGGGCCGGGGGCACUUUGCUGUGGUCAAACUGGCUCGACAUGUAUUCACCGGGGAGAAGGUUGCAGUAAAGGUGAUCGACAAGACUAAGCUGGACCCAGUGGCGCGGAGUCACCUUUUCCAGGAGGUGCGAUGCAUGAAGAUGGUGCAGCACCCCAACGUGGUGCGCCUGUACGAGGUCAUUGACACAGCCACCAAGCUCUACCUCAUCCUGGAGCUGGGAGAUGGAGGAGACAUGUAUGAUUGCAUCAUGAAGCACGACGGGGGCCUCAGUGAAGAGGUGGCCAAGUGUUACUUUGCCCAAAUCGUCCACGCCAUCUCCUACUGUCACCGGCUACAUGUCGUGCACAGGGACCUGAAGCCAGAAAACGUAGUGUUCUUCGAGAAGCAGGGCGUCGUCAAGCUCACCGACUUUGGCUUCAGCAAUCGGUUUCAGCCCGGGAAAAAUCUCAACACCUCCUGCGGUUCGCUGGCCUACUCUGCUCCCGAAAUACUGCUGGGGGACGAGUAUGAUGCUCCCGCCGUGGAUAUAUGGAGUCUGGGUGUGAUCCUAUUCAUGCUGGUCUGUGGUCAGCCCCCCUUCCAAGAGGCUAACGACAGCGAGACGCUCACUAUGAUCAUGGACUGUAAAUACACAGUGCCUCCGCACAUCUCCCAUGCAUGCGGAGAUCUUAUAGGCCAUAUGCUGCAGAGGGACCCCAAGAAACGAGCGACGCUUGAGCAGAUCGAGGCCCACGAAUGGCUCCAGGGUGUCGAUCCCUCCCCGGCCACCAAGCUGUCCACUCCCCUGGUGUCCCACCGCAGCUUGUCGGAGGAAGAGCACAGCUCCAUCAUUCAACGCAUGGUGCUGGGGGGUAUCGCGGACCGAGACACCAUAACUGAGGCUCUGGAGUCUAAUAAGUACAACCACAUCACAGCUACUUACUUCCUGCUGGCGGAGCGGAUGCUGAGGGAGGGGCAAGAGAAGGAGCAGCACAGCCAGACACGAUCCCCCAGCCCCAGCAAGGCCCAGUUUAGGCAAUCCUGGCCUACAAGAGUGGAUGUUCACCAGGAUGUCAGUGAUGGCUUGGGGGGUCCAUCUAUCUCCCACCCUGGGGGGCCACAAUCUCCUGCCCGUAGUGCUGAGAGCCUCCACAAAGGCCCCAGGCCCAAAACAGCCCUGCUGGACCUCAACCAGCGACAGGAGAACCACACUCUGGCAUCCGGCCAGCAGCAGCAGCCUGCACGGCAGAACCAAGAGAGAGGCCUCAGGCCCCACUCCAACCCGAUCAGACUGGGCUCUCUGGCCUCAGCGGGCCCUUGUAAACACCGUAGUCCCAGUCUUUUCAGUGUGGAAGAGGACGAGGAGGAAGACGGGGAGGAAGACAAAUGUCCGUCCCCCUCGACACUGUCUGGUCAGGUUGUGCUUCGUAGCAAAGCCUCCUCUAUGUCUUCUCGCGGUAACCGGCUGACAUCUCGUAUGAGUGCCCCAGUCCUGAACCAGAUCCAUGAGGAGGUUAAAGAAGAUGAGGAGGAGAAGGAGGGGGGAAAGCUGCAUGGACUCGCUCUCCUCAAACCCGGCCUCAGCCUCAGUCUGAACUCUCAAAUACCAUCACCAUCAACGCUCAUGUCAUCACCUCAAACUGUGAUGGCACCAGUUGCAACUUUCACCCCCAGCUCAGAGACUAGCGAUGACGACACAGAAACUCGCCACAUAGCUGACACGGCAACUGUAGGUGGUCAAGGGGAUGAGAGGGAAGGGAGGAAAGAGGACAGAGAGAAAAGGGGGGCAGGGCAGGGCAGUCCCUCAAAUUGUGCCAGUCCUGGAUCAGGCUCAGGCCAAGGCAAGGGCUCUGCCAAAGCCCCCAGCGGCCUAGUGGAAAGCUUAAAGCUAAUGAGCCUGUGCCUGAGCUCUCAGUUCCAUAGCCUGACGGGGGGAGUAGGGGGUGUUGGCGGUGGCACUGCCGGAGGUGUUGGGGUGGACAGCCAGGACCGGCCCAUGUGGAGGAUGUGCAUGGGCGGCUCCACUGGUAGCCUCGACAAGGUCUCGCUCCUCGGUGGCCCUUCGCCCAGAGGGAACCUUUACCAACAGCCCCCACUGGGAGACGUAUUGGCAGACCCGCUGCUGGAGGGCCCCUGCUCGGGCACGCUGAGGCUGGGAGAGUUGGACCUGGCCAGGGAAAACCACAGGAACAUGAAGAACCGCGUGCUGCAGAUGCCUCUGAGCGACAAGACUUUGUCCGUCAACAUCCACCGGAGUCCCAAGGAGGGUCUGCUCUGCACCCCCACCCCUCACAGCUGCUGCCAGGUCAUCUAGAGCACCAUCAGCUGCUGCCCCUCCGGACCCCUUCUUUCACAUCCCUUACAUCCCGCGUUUGUUUUGAGUUGUUCACAUUAUUUAUACAUUUAUUGCUGUUUCCCAUGUUUAACACUUGCGGUGGAUGACUCUGAGUAAGUCGAAAUGACAAACUUGCACAUUUAGAAACACAAAAAAGUCUCCGUGGAGGAGACUGGGUGCCGCACCAAGUAUGUGAAGCGCUUUGAGCCGACUACACUGAGGGGACAUUUUAUCCUACUGGUGUUUAAAUAAGAUAAGAGACAUUAAAAAUGGAAACAGAUAAAAAAGGUGCUCACACUCUCGCUCUUACACACUUGUAUAUACAGUAUGUGCACAAUGUUCACACCUACAUCACUCCAAGAAGCUGAUGAAAGGGGAGGCUGAUGAGCUGAGGACUUUUUUAGUAUCAUGUUACAUAUCGUCUUUUGUUGUACUUUGACGCUGUUUUUUUAAUGUUAUUCUUUUUUUAAAUUAUUUUUUGAGACAAUCAUUUUAUCUGUUUUUUAAAAAUCCUGACUGAAUUACGUUUGGACUGUUUAUAUUCAGAUGAGGAAAAAUAACAGGGUGAAUAUGGACAGCAGCACUGGUGGCACCGGUGGCACAGUAUUUUGUAAUGUAUCACUAUUUUAUUUUUCUAUCUCAAAUGUGCUCUGCAGAAAGAAAAGGUACACCCACGUGUCGAGUCUCUGCAGUCACACGGCAGAGGUUGUACAUAUGUGAAUAACCUCCUAGCAGUACUCUGUACCUGUAGUAUUGACUGUGAAGUUGGAUUGCAGUAGAAACAGGAAAACUAGAUCCUUACACAACAUUAUUCUUCACCCCCUACUGGAUGUUCAAGGUUUUGUUUGAGCCUAGAGCUGGAAAUGUGUUUGAUAGCUGAAAACGAACAUGAAAACAUACUUCAAAUCUCAACUGACACCUGAGUAAACUAUUAUACAUGUCACGGCAGCUCUUUAAGAUAAAAUGGCCCUCAGAUCACCAUCAGUGGUGGGAUUAGGGUAAUUACUGGGUGAAACCCAAACCAUGAACAUUCCGUAGCUUUUCCAGGAUCACAGUAGCCAAUGUUGUAGCUUAACUCCAAGACAAAAAACAACGAAGGGGGUUUCGAUAGAACAUAACUACACCGCCCCUUCAAGUAUUGCUCUGUGUAACUGGAUGUGUGACCCGACCCUAGUGGCAUAUAUAAACUUGACAGUGCAUGUGUUUUGCUGUAGCGACCUUAUUCUUAACCCACUGAGGUCAAACCACCUGCUGUAUCUACCUAAGCAACAGAUUCAAACUUCGGUCACUUCACUGUAGCCUCACAGCAUUACCAGCGACUGCAAAACGUACAACAAAAAUGGAUGUGCCAUAAAUUCUGUCUUGAGCAUAUUGUACUGUAUGUACUGUAUAUGAUAGAGAUCUAUUAAAAAGAAAUGACAUGAA